UCUCCUCGGGGGCAGGGGCCUGUCCUCAGUCCCCCCAGCCCAGGCCCUGAGCCUGCGGUGGGUGAGCCGCUUCUGCGCAGCAUCUGGUCCUACCCUGACUGGGUGGUGCAGCCCGAGGAGCACCUUGGCCUGGAGCUUGUCACUCCGUAGCUGCACGGAGCUGUGCCAGGCCCGGUCCCCCAGCCCCUCGUAGACGUGGACGGAGGGCUCCUCCUGCAGGUGCCGGCACGUGGUUAAGGAGAUGGACAGGGAGUGUGCCCUCCACAGGCUUGUCGUCUAGCGGCAGACAGGCGGGGACAGAGCGUGCCCUUGUGUCUGGCGUCCAGCUCCCAGCCUCCGCCUGCUCGGGAAGCUGUCGUGAGGCACGUGUGCCGCGGGCCUCAGGGACACUGGGGGAUGGGAGUCUUCCAAGGCGAGCCCGUCUUGUGGUGGGGGCAAGUGAGCACGUGGGUUACAGGCCGGGGUCGGCCCUGGAAUGGGGGCUGGGCUGCGUGUGAGCCCUCGCCACCCUCUGCUGGCACGGACAGACAAACCGGAGUCUGUGGGACGCCCACCUUACCAGGAUGGUCUGCGCCAGUUUCCCUGGGGGCCAUCCCAGCACCUUGUUCCUCUGGAGAGGGGCAGUAGUGGGGAUAAUGCGGCAAAUAAAACCAACUCUUUUGAUUGCAAGUUAUAGGAAUCUACUCCAAAAAGCCACACACAGCUUCACAUCUGCAAGGUGGGAAGACCCCACAACCAGAGGGAAGGCGGGUGACCGGCUCAGGCCUGACGCAGUGCGACUGCCCCAGCCCCCAUCCACGACGUCUUCCUCUCUCUGAACCAGGGCGCGAGUGGAGGCCGCCAGCAGCCUGCAGCCGGACCUAUUGCUCUUCGGAAGGAGGCAGCAGGGGACGCAGCCGCCAGGCCUGCCGGGCCUUUGGUACCCUGGCUGCUUUGACAGACUCACUCCUGGGCGCUAGGGGCCGAGACCGCAGGACUCAGAGGGCACAGCCUGCCCUGACCUCUCUGUGGCUGUGGGUCCGGCCCUUUGGCUGCAGCUCCCUGUUAGCGCUCACGUCCUGACCCUGGAAGACAGAUAGGAGCACGGAGGGAAGGCCAGGCAAUGGCUGUCCCCAGGCCCCACCCAGGAUCCUGAGGCCCGGAAGGGGAGGGGGCUUCUCGAACUCCCGAGCACUCCCAGGACCUCUGCCCGUUGCCCUGCCUUCCCUUUGCCCUCAUCGAAGUGGCAGGAUACAGCGACUUUGUUAUCGGGGUAAUUAGCUUCAGACCCUGGACUGAGGCUGCCCAGGUCCUGGGCUGCUUCCCACAGGCGGUGCACCCUGACCCCAAAAGCAAGGUGAGGCCCUGCCCGCUGAGCAGCCGAGGUGUCACCCUUGGGCACCUCCCACACUGCCCUUUCUGCCUGGGGUCCGUGUCCUUCAGGACCGCUUGGGCCUGGUCACGGCGUGGGGCCUUGUGACCCAGCCUUGCCAGGGGCAGAGGGCGCCGCCAAGCCUUAGGGAGGGGAUGCCCCCAAGGGUGCUGGUCCAGCCCACCGCCCCACUCCUCAGGCCCAGUCUGGCCCCGGUGCUCCCCAAUCUGGUGCCCCGAGCUGCCCCCCUGGCAGGUCGCCCCCGCCAUGGCCGAGCACCUGGAGCUGCUGGCAGAGAUGCCCGUGGUGGGCAGGAUGAACGCGCAGGAGCGGCUGAAGCACGCCCAGAAGCGCCGGGCCCAGCAGGUGAAGGCGUGGGCCCAGGCGGAGAAGGAGGCCCAGGGCAAGAAGGGCCAUCGGGAGCAGCCGCGGAAGGAGGCAGCUGGGGGCAGGCCACAGAAGCGGGUCCUCUUCCCUCCCAGCGUCACCCUUCUGGAGGCUGCUGCCCGCAACGACCUGGAGGAAGUCCGCCAGCUCCUUGAGAGUGGGGUCAGCCCUGACCUGGCCAACGAGGAUGGCCUGACGGCCCUGCACCAGAGCUGCAUUGAUGACUUCCGAGAGAUGGUGCAGCAGCUCCUGGAGGCUGGGGCCAAGGUCAAUGCCCGCGACAGCGAGAGCUGGACUCCCCUGCACGCCGCGGCCACCUGCGGCCACCUGCAACUGGUGGAGCUGCUCAUCGGCUGGGGUGCUGACCUCCUGGCCGUCAACACCGAUGGGAACAUGCCUUAUGACCUCUGUGAGGACGAGCAGACGCUGGACUGCCUUGAGACGGCCAUGGCCAACCGUGGCAUCACCCAGGACAGCAUCGAGGGGGCCCGGGCCCUGCCCGAGCUGCGCAUGCUGGAGGACAUCCGCGGCCUGCUGCGGGCGGGAGCCGACAUCGAUGACCCCCAGGACCACGGGGCCACGCUGCUGCACGUUGCGGCCGCCAGUGGGUUCGGCGAGGCAGCCGUCCUGCUGCUGGAGCACCGGGCCAGUCCGCGCGCCAGGGACCAGGACGGCUGGGAGCCGCUGCACGCCGCAGCCUACUGGGGCCAGGUGCACCUGGCGGAGCUGCUGGUGGCGCACGGGGCCGAUCUGAAUGGGAAGUCUCUGGCGGACGAGACGCCUCUCGACGUGUGCGGGGACGAGGCGGUGCGGACCAGGCUGCUGGAGCUGAAGCACAGGCAGGACGCACUGCUGCACGCCCAGGGCCGCCGGCACUCUCUGCCGCGGCGCCGCACCUCGAGCGCGGGCAGCCGGGGGAAGGUGGUGAGGAGGGUGAGCCUGACCCAGCGGACCAGCCUGUACCGCAGGGAGCAUGCCCAGGAGGCCAUUGUGUGGCAACAGCCACCGCCCACCAGCCCGGAGCCACCCGAGGAGGACGAGGUUGGCCGGACGGACGUGGAGCUACGCUCCGGGCCUAGCGAGCAGGAGGACGAUCCCGAGUCGGCCAGGCCGCACAACGGCCGAGUCGGAGGCACCCCAGGGCGGCACCUGUAUUCCAAGCGGCUGGACCGGAGCGUCUCCUACCAGCUGAGCCCCCUGGACAGCUGUGUCCCCGAUGCCCUGGGCCGGGUCAAGGCCCAGCACACGCUCGCGGAGCUGAAGCGCCAGCGAGCCGCCGCUAAGCUGCAGCGUCCCCCGCCUGAGGGGCCCGAGGGGCCCGAGCCCAGCCCGCCGGCCGCCGCUGCUACGAGCCCCCAGCCGGAACACAGCCCCAGGGCCGGUGGAGACCCGCCACUGCUGAAGCUCACCGCGCCCUCGGAGGAGGCCCCCGCGGAGAGGAGGCCCUGCUGCCUGCUCAUGUGAGGGGCUGGCACCCGGAGUCCCCCGGAGGCUGCCGCGGAGGACCCUGCUCUGGGGACCCCAGUGUACGCCCUGCUGCUGCUGCUGCUGCUGCUGCUGGGAGAGAGCUGGCGCGGGACCUCCCUCAGCUCCCCUCCCGGGGAUGCCAGCGUCCUGGCUCAGAGAUGAGCCUCUGGCAGAAGCCCUCCUGGGGGGCCGUCCGGCUGCAGAGACCUAGUUCCAUCGUGUGCCUCUUGAUAAAGGGCUAUUCUGCCA